AUGACUAACAUGGAAGAAUGUGAUGAGUCAGUGGAAGAAUGUAAGGAGUUUUUUCUGCAGCAAACUCCACAAAACAUCCCAGAAAUUUUGGAGGGAGGGGAGAUCCUUGACAAAAACAGAUACAAACUGAUUUGCCAGACUUUUGAAAACACCAGAACAUUUGUGACGCUGUACGACACCCACAACAAGAGUCCAGUUUUUUCUGCUGCAAAGGCUGUAAACACUGAUUAUGACCACUACAACCAGCAAAAGUUUGACAGAGGACGUUUAUUUCCAAACUCUUAUGCAUGUGAUUUAACUGAAAAAAUAUCUACCUUUACCCUGACUAACGCUGUUCCACAAAAGUCACAUUUCAAUCGUGGAAAAUGGAACCAAAUGGAGAAAUGUGUCAAACGCUUUCUGGAUGAAAACUGCAUUAACAAUAAAAAAAUGGAAGGCUUUGUAGUAAUUGGAGCAAAACCUAGUGACAGUGCGAGUAGUGACAGUAGCUUACUGAACAACAAGAUAAAUAUUCCUUCAGUGCUCUGGUCGGCCUUCUGCUGCUACAGUAGCAGUCAGAAGAAGUGGCUGGCAGGUGCACACUGGGGUGAGAACAGAGAUGACCACCACAAAUAUCUGGAGACCAAGACCUUGGGAGCACUCUACACAACCCUUGGAAUUGAAGCAUUUCCUGGAACACGAGGUCCUGAAGACUUAACUACCCAGGUCUACUGAAAAUGUGAACUUAAAUCCAAAAAGCGGAAUGUGAUUGUGAGUCAUAAGGAUUUUGGAGAAAAAAAAUGUUGUGUGGCUAAAAAGAGGAAAAUCAUAAAACCUGCAUUUCAAAAAAAAAAAAAAAACUACUACCUGGAAGCACGGUGUGAGAAUGAAGGGUUAAAUUAAAAAGGGAUUACGUUUUUUCGUGUGCUGCAGCUACUUUUAGUUUAACAAGUAUGUAAGUUUUGUUGCUUGGCUUUCUCAGAUGACCAACAUGCCUUUCAUACAUAUACAGUCGCGGCCAAAAGUUUUGAAAAUGACGCAAAUAUUAGUUUUCAUAAAGUUUGUACUGAAAUAUGAUGAGAAGCACUUUUCAAAGGCUUUUAUCGACAAUUACAUGACAUUUAUGCAAAGUGUCAGUGUUGG